CUUUACUAAGCAGACGCCAAAAGAAAACAUCCUCUGAAAAGGAAAGAACAAAGAAAUUUAUUUAAAAAAAAAAGGAAAAAAUUAAAAAAAAAUGUUCAUCGUCUUCUUCUCCUCAAUCUUCUUUUGAUUCUAAGUUUCAAUCCAAAACCCCAAUUUUAUUUUUUUGUGCAAAAGGAAGAGAAAAAGAUUUUGGGGGGAGAGAAACUUGAAGUAAAAAUGGGUGGGGUGACGUCAUCAAUGGCUGCUAAGUUCGCCUUUUUUCCACCCAGUCCACCUUCAUACAAGCUAAUUAAGGAUGAAGAGACUGGGAUUUUGGUGUUGGACCCUUUCCCCCACCGCGAAAACGUUGACGUUUUGCGUCUCCCUACUCGCCGUGGCAAUGAAAUCGUGGCCGUUUACGUUAGGCACCCCAUGGCUACGUCGACCCUGCUUUAUUCUCAUGGGAACGCCGCUGAUAUUGGCCAAAUGUAUGAGCUUUUCAUCGAACUCAGCAUCCACUUGAGAGUCAAUCUCAUGGGGUACGACUACUCUGGCUAUGGACAAUCAUCGGGAAAGCCAAGUGAGCAGAAUACGUAUGCGGAUAUCGAAGCUGCAUACAAGUGUCUUGAAGAGAAUUACGGUGCCAAGCAAGAAAAUAUCAUCCUGUAUGGUCAGUCUGUCGGAAGUGGCCCUACUGUGGAUCUUGCUACUCGUUUACCUCGAUUAAGAGCUGUUGUUCUGCAUAGUCCUAUAUUAUCCGGGUUAAGAGUCAUGUAUCCUGUUAAACGCUCUUACUGGUUCGACAUCUACAAGAAUAUCGACAAAAUCUCAUUGGUGAAGUGUCCUGUGCUGAUAAUCCAUGGAACUAAUGAUGACGUUGUUGACUGCUCUCAUGGGAAGCAACUUUGGGAACUGUGCCAAGAAAAAUACGAACCGUUAUGGGUGAAAGGAGGAAAUCACUGUGAUUUGGAACUGUACCCGGAUUAUAUUAGGCAUCUCAAGAAAUUCAUCUCAACAGUUGAGAAGACACCUUCUCGAAGAAAUGCUUCUCGGAAAAGUACAGAUGGUAUCGAACAGUCUAGGCAAAGUACUGAAUAUUUCGAGGCUCCGAGAAGAAGUAUCGACCGCAGGGAGAAACCAAGGAAAAGCACCGAUACCCGGGACAAGCCAAGGAAAAGCACCGAUACCCGGGAAAAACCAAGGAAAAGCAUCGAUAGGCCUGAAAAGCUGAAAGUUCAUGAGCACAACAAAUUCAAUAACAUUGACAAGCUUGAAAAGCUUAGAACAUCACUAGACCAGAUGGAAAGGAUGGAGAGAUCACGUCGAAGCGUGGAAUACCACGAGAAAUCUCGGAGAAGCGUUGACCUUCAGCUAGAGAAAGGAAGGAAGAGUGUUGAUUGGAUAGAUAGAAUUCCAGCAGUUUAGACGGUCGUAAAAAUUGGGUUUACUGAGUUCUUUGAUCCGAGUGGGUGGAAGGAAUAGAGAAAAGGCUGAAACAGGGAAAAAAAAGAAAUGGUGGGAUUGUUUUGGACUGAUAACUUAAAUUGUUUUUAGAAUUUGUAUUUUGAAACUUCGAAAGCUUCACAACGAUGACGGUGUUUUACGGGUUGUAGGUGUCGCAAUGGUCGGACAAAAUAUGGUUACAAAUGUAGGGUUUGGUAUAUGUUUUAGAUUUGUUGAUCUUUGAUUUUGAAUGGAAAAAAAAAAGAAUCUAACCUGCAUGUUCAUGUUGUGGAAAACUGAAAAAGCUUGUAAUUAACAGCUAUUGUUUCACUAUAAUUUUCAGAUUUUGUUGUUUAUUAGUUGUUA